AUGGCGGCGGCCGCCCUCUCCUCACUGAUGGCAACCACCAGCCAGUUUACGCAGUUCCAGAACACGUUCAACUUUGUGAGCGGUGCCGGUGCCAUCGUGACAUCGAGUGCGGCCAGUACCAGCAGCCACAUCAGCACGAGUAGCGCCGCUAGCGUGAGCAGCACUAGGAGCAGUGGUGCCGGUGAUGGCUUAACAUCGAGCACCUCUGGCGGGGGCGGCGGCGGCGGCGGCGGCGCUGGAACAACGGUCAACAACGGUGCCAAUGCUGGUGAUAGCACCAGCAGCGAGGAGGUGACCGGUACCCCCACCUUGCCGGGUGGCAAUGUAAAUACAUUCGAUAGUACGCUAGCAGCGCUGGCCGCAACGACGGCUUCACAGAUCCGUGGAGCCGUGGAAAGCGAAGGUGGGUCGCGAAAGAUGCGCCAACAGCCACCCGAUCUGCCAGCCAUACUGAUGCACGCCAAUCUGCUGGAAGGUGCUGCCGGUCAGCUCAAUCUACUCAACAGCGCCAGUACCAGCAAUACGAGUGGCGAUCGGAGCAUCGAUGGGGAUAGUAGCAGCUCCGGACUUCCCCUGAGGCACCACGACGAUACGACCGUGUCCGUGGUGGACGAUGAAGCAACGUAA